AUGAGCUCGCACCAAUAUGUGGAUUUUCUUCAAUUUUUGAGGAUGCUGGUGGUGAUCCUGGCCUGGUGCGCAUUCAUAAUGUAUGGGCGACUGUAUUUGGGGAUGCAUUCGCCCAUUGAUGUGGUGGUUGGCUUCAGCAUUUCAAUGAUUUUGCUUCAUUUGUAUGCUGCAGUGGAUGAUUUUGUAGAUGCUUGGAUGACAGCAACUACUGCUUUCGUGCCAGCCUAUCAACUAGCCUUCGCAGUGGUUCUUUGUUGGACGUAUCCUGCAGGACUGCAGCGAACUCCUUCUUACAACUAUGCAGUUUACUUCACUGGUGUUUGUUUGGGAGUUGUCACUGGUGUGUGGCGUUGUCCACACCAUCAUAGCGUGGCAGCGGCGGAAGCUAUAAAGGCUGCCCGCGGCCCAUUGGCAAGCUCCAGCUUCGUGCUUUUCGUAGGACGGCGCUUUGUGGUGGGACUUGUGCUCGUGCUCAUUUUGCGCGCGGUCAGCAAGGAGGUGCUGAAGCUACUUGUUCCUCGUGUCUUCUACGUCUUUGGAGUACCAUGCUCGGAUCACGAGUGCAAACAAGAUUCCGCGCAAACAACUCGUGUGGGUUACAACGUCCUUACCCCGACACGUCUUCUGAACUACGCCGUGGUGGGCUGGACCGUUGUGGAACCCUGCUUCGACUUGUUCCAGUGGCUCGAAAUAUGA